CCCGCUCCGGAUCCCGCCGCGCCCGGGCCGCGCGCUUCCCGCUCGUCCGCCUCGUCGCGGAAAAGAAUAAAAGAAUCAGGAAAAGCUGGAGAUAAAGGAUAUUCAGUAUCCAAACCAGGAAAUCGACAAAAAAAGGAAAUGCACAAUUUUGAGGAUGAGUUAACAUGUCCCAUUUGUUACAGUAUUUUUGAAGAUCCUCGUGUAUUACCAUGUUCUCAUACAUUUUGUAGAAACUGUUUGGAAAAUGUUCUUCAGGCAUCUGGUAAUUUUUAUAUAUGGAGACCUUUGCGAAUUCCACUCAAGUGUCCUAACUGCAGAAGUAUUAUUGAAAUUGCUCCAAGUGGUAUUGAAUCUUUACCUGUUAAUUUUGCAUUAAGGGCUAUCAUUGAAAAGUAUCAGCAGGAAGAGCAUCCAGAUAUUGUCACCUGCCCUGAACACUAUAGGCAACCAUUGAAUGUUUAUUGUCUUCUGGAUAAAAAAUUAGUUUGUGGUCAUUGCCUAACUAUAGGUCAACAUCAUGGUCAUCCUAUAGAUGACCUUCAGAGUGCCUAUCUGAAAGAAAAAGACACACCAAGAAGAUUGCUUAAACAACUUACUGAUGCACACUGGACAGAUAUUACUCGUCUUAUCGAAAAGCUAGAAGAACAGAAAUCUCAUUCAGAGAAAAUGGUCCAAGGCGACAAGGAAAUUGUUCUCCAGUAUUUUAAGGAGCUUACUGAUACAUUAGAACAGAAAAAGAAGAACUUCCUAACUGCUCUCUGUGAUGUUGGCAAUAUGAUGAGUCAAGAAUAUACUCCACAGAUUGAAAGACUGAAGGAAAUACGAGAGCAGCAGCUUGAAUUGGUUACCAUGACCACAUCUUUACAAGAAGAAUCUCCACUUAAAUUUCUAGAAAAAAUUGAUGAUGUUCGCCAGCGUGUGCAGAUGCUAAAAGAAAGACCACUUCCUGAUGUCCAACCUGUUGAAAUUCAACCUCGGGUAAGCAAAGUAUUAAAAGAAGAAUGGAGCAGAACGGAAAUAGGAAAAAUUAAGAGAGCUUUUAUUCCUGAAAUGAAGAUUUCUUCAAGAAGGGUGCCCUGUUCCUGGCCUGAGAAAGAUGAAAAGGAGAUUGAGCUUUUUAAGAUUUUAAAUAUUGCUAUAGUCACGCUUAUUUCAGUGAUAUUAAUGUUGAUACUCCUUUUCAACCAUCACAUAAUAACCUUCUUAAAUGAAAUCACUUCAAUAUGUUUUUCUGAAGUCUCUUUGUCUGUUUACCAAAGCUUAUCUAACAAGUUGCAUGAUUUACAAAAUAUACUCUGUCACACUUUUUAUUUUUUGAAGGAAUUUAUGUGGGAAGUAGUUUAUCAUUGAAAAUGUAAAUCUGAAUUGUGAAGUCAGUCGGGGGACAGCAGAGGCUAACCACUGCUAAUGGAGACUAGGGUAGCUAAAGUAGCAAACUAAACUUUAGUAGACUUGCAACAAAUAUAAAUAUAUAGAAAUAUAUUAAAUCUUCCGUGUUUCUGUUGGGACAAUAACUUUUUUUUGGAGGGGUGGGGGGGACAAUACCUGAGUUUGAACUCAGGGCCUUGCUAGGCAGAUGUACUACUUCAGGCGUCCCGUUGUUUGAGCCAAACCUCCAAUUCAGGCUUGUGUUGGUAUAUAACAGUAUCUGAAAGUUAGUUCACACUGUCAUUUAUCAGAAAACAAUAAAAACAGCUAGUAAAUUCAGUAAUAUACCCCAGUUUUACUGGUGUAAGAGGUUGACAUUGUAAUAGAUUUGGUCUUUUACUUUCUGCAAUGGUUGUCUUUAUGUGUAUGUGACAUUUUGAUGAAAAAAAAUGCAAAAUCUUAUGUUUCCUGCCUGAGGCAGGAAAUCCUUGUAUACAUGCAUAACUUUGUCAGCCUAGGCAACAUAGACCUUUUCUCAGAGGGUUGGAGUAGAGCCCUUGCUUAGUGUAUGCUACCAGUAAACAUUUUUAGUUUGGUAGUCAGUUUCUAGUUGUAUGUGACAUUCUCAACAUACUUAGCCUUCUUGCCAGGUGUUUAUUCACUGUGCUGAUGCAGAAGUACCACAAACCAUCUUACAUUCCAGAAUUUUUCUUUUUGCUUAUGUGGUGCUGAGGAAUCGAACCCAGGGCCUCAGGCAUGCAAGGCAAGCGCUCUACCACUGAGCCAACUUCCCAGCCCUACAUUCCAGAACUUUUAAGAGACGCCUUAGUUCUAACUGAAAUUGGCUCGUUGUCCAUGAACUCCAAGUUGGGUUUUGUGAGUCCCAUGAGUACUGCUUGUGACACCAUUUCUAGGCUAAUUAGGGGAUGCUCUUGGCCCCCACACAUUGAAAGUGGACAAACAGCUGUAUUCUGGGAACUGGUUCUAAAGGUCUUGCUGAGAACAGAUUUUACCACUUAAAGAUUACAGCAUGAAAUCUAUGAUCAGAGCUAGACUAGCACAAUUAUGUCCAGAUUUUUAAAGGGUAUACCAGGUUAAGUCAUACAUAUUACCUUUAGACUGAAGUUGUACUAUGCUUAAGAUAUUAGUCACUAUAAGUUUUUGAAAAAUGUAGUUAGGCAAUGAAUUUAUGGAAUGAAAGUAACCGUUAAGAUCAUAAUUUUUGAGGAGGGUAUUAACUUCACAGAAGUAAUGCAAAGCCAUGUGUGUGUUUAGGGCUAAGGUUUCUUACUGGUAAGAUUUAUAAACUCAAAGCAUAUGCCUGUUAACAUUUUAGGAUUGACAGUAUUUUUUUUAAGACUUGUGUUUGUUUUGAGAAGUAUUGAAGUAGCUGAUCCUUAAUCAUGCUGUUUUGUACUUCACCAGGAUGAGAUUGUAAAGUCAGUAAUCCUGAGCUUUUAUGUAUGAAACUUUUAUAAUAAACUCCUUUUGGUAUUUUAUUUGUA